AGUCUCGCUCGAGCCACCGUACGGGUAGGACGUGUACUCUUUUGGCUCGUUUCCCGCGAAAAUUUACGUAUUUCAAAUCCGAUUUGCAAAUAAUAUCAGGUUUAUCGUAUAUUGUUUGUGAUUUUUAUGUUGUUGGAGUGUUGAGCCUGUUUGUGUUUCGUGAACGAUUUUGUUUAUUAUUUUUGAGGAUUUUGGUUGCAAUACCAGCUUUUUAAACGUAACAGUGCAACUAAUGCCUUCAUUUUCAUCGUGUCGCAUGAAAAGGUGAGCGCGCUGGCGUGGUACGGCGGCGGCAUGCAGGCCGGCGGGUGGUUCCUCCCAUGGAGCAUGGGCAUGGGCAUGAAGCAGUAUGCCGUAGCGCUGCCGAUGGGCGGCGUGGUGCCGCUCGUGCCGCCGCUGCUGGCCGCGCUGCCGCCGCAGCCGCCGCAGAUGCGGCUAAUCGCCCCCCCGCCGCUGCCGCUCCAACAGCCCUGCAGAAAGGGAGAAAAGGACAGCGGUAAAAACUGCAUAUUGUCGUGCGAAAAGAGAAAGGCGGACGACACAGACAUCAACAAAGACUUGAAAAAGGCAAAGUUAGAGACCAAGGCGCUGAAGGCGAAGAGGCCCGGGUUCACGGACGACCGUUACAACGAGACUUCCUAUUACAUCGAAAAUGGCCUCAGAAAAGUAUACCCCUACUACUUCACAUUCACCACAUUCACAAAAGGCCGGUGGGUCGGCGAGAAGAUUCUGGACGUGUUCGCGCGCGAAUUCCGCGCGCACCCUGCUGCGGAGUACGAACGGUGCAUCCGAGCAGGCACGCUGACGGUCAACUAUGAGAGAGUGGAUCCCGAAUAUAGGCUGAAGCAUAAUGAUUUGCUCGCUAAUGUUGUGCAUAGGCACGAGACUCCAGUGCUCGCCUGUCCCUUGCGCAUCAUACAUGCUGACGACGAGCUGCUCGUGCUAGACAAGCCUUGCUCGCUGCCGGUGCAUCCGUGUGGGCGAUACCGACACAACACGGUCGUAUUCAUUCUGGCCAAGGAAUAUAACUUGAAGAAUCUGAGGACCAUACACAGACUGGACAGGCUAACAUCAGGGUUGCUCUUAUUUGGCCGGAGUCCGAAGAAGGCGAGACAGAUGGAGCAUCAGAUAAGGAACAGACAGGUGCAAAAGGAGUACGUCUGCCGAGUCGACGGCGAGUUCCCUGAGGAGGAGAUAGAAUGUCAAGAGGCGAUAGAAGUAGUGAGCUACAAGAUUGGCGUCUGCAAAGUGUCAGCCAAGGGCAAGGACUGUUCAACGGUGUUCAAGCGGCUUGGCUACAACCCACGCAGCAACACCAGCGUGGUGCUGUGCAGACCUAAGACCGGCAGGAUGCACCAGAUCAGGGUGCAUUUGCAGUAUCUAGGUUAUCCCGUAGUGAACGAUCCCCUCUACAACCACCCAGUUUUCGGUCCCCUCCGUGGCAAGGGGGGUGACACCGGUGGCAAAACAGACGAGCAGCUGGUUCGCGACCUCAUCGCCAUCCACAACGCGGAGAAUUGGCUUGGCGUUGAUGCGGCUGAUGAUGACAUGCUGUUUUCAAAACCAGUGCGUGAUGACAAAGGAGUUGAAGAUGACUGCGAUACUGGCCCAACCUCCAGAGAGUCGUCUCCAAGACUGGAGUCCCCAGCGCCAGGAGUGACACCUUCUAGUGUCAUGACGCCGACCCUCCCAAGCCCUUCGAGCGCAGCAGAGGCUCCCUUGGACGCGUCACCUGCAGUCUGCACCCUCGCGCCCUCGCCCACGCCUUCGGCAGCUAUGAACGACGACUCCAGUGAUGCCAAGUCGGACAAAGUGACAGUGGCAACGCAGACGGGCUGCGCGGCCACCGCGACGAGUUCCGUCAGCUCGGCCAGCGGCUCGACGGACGCACUGUCCGCCGACCCACACUGCUACGAGUGCCGAGUCCGCUACCGCGACCCGAGGCCCAGAGACCUGGUCAUGUAUCUGCACGCUUGGAAGUACAAGGGUCCCGGCUGGGAGUACGAGACGGAGCUCCCACAGUGGGCGAGCGUGGAAUGGGACGAGCCGGAGAACUCAUAGUCACACGAACUGACACCAUUGCGGCGGCGCCUCGCCUGUUCACUCUACAUCAACCACAGACCGCGGAAAUUUAAAGACUAAACUUGAAGGCCAAUGUGGUUAAGAUCGUCUGCGAGACAAGACCGUCCACGCACGCACGGAUCAUGUCUUAAACGGCGUACACAAGAUAUGUGUAGACGGUUUUGCCUUACAGGUGGUUUUCCCACAUAGAUCUUACUGAAUCUGUUAAUAAUGCAAUUUGGACUGAUUUUAUUGAUAAAUGAUGUUUUAAAAUGAGAUGUUGAUGAUUGUUAAGCUGUUUUCACUUUUGUCAACUAGAUAAAGGCCCCAUAAAUGUUGACUAGGACCGUAGUUACCAUGAUUCGGGUAAUUUAGUACGAGGUGCCGUUCGUUCGACGAUGGUUUGAAAUCGGCUGUUUGAAUCGCAGUGCUCUGGAGUAAGUUUUAUAAUAACUAAACUAAGUGAGAAUUAGAUUAAGUAAUUUAGAUUAUUUCUGCGUACGAAGUUCCGCUCUUAUUUGAACCUAUACUAGUUUCAUUAGCAGAUCUUAGAGCACUCAGAAUAUUAAGGCCUAAGGUAAGUCCAGGCCUGUCUUACUUGUCUUGUUGUCUUAAAUGAUUGCAAGAGCGACGGAGAUGGAUAUAGUUGCCUUUAAGUUUCACUUUUAAAAUAUUGCAUCUGUGUAACUAAGUUAUUAGGCCUUACUAUUCUUAGAUUGAGCACUUAUUUUGAUACGUUCUUGAUCAUUUUCGGUUUGUUUGUGCGUAGUUUACGAUUUUAGAUGUUUAUGUGAGUGUUCAGUUCCUAUCGGCCUAGGAUGUUUCGUCGCUUGUUGUAAUGUAGGGCUAAGGAUGUAACAAUAAAAUAUCGGUAACUGUAAAAUAGUUAUAUCGCUUUAACGAGGCAGGGUCAGAACCACAAUCAUAAAUGAAUAUAUAAAAAAAUGAAAUGAAAAUGAUUAAUAAAACACACAAUGGGAUAGCUCUUCUAUUUAAUUCUCAAAACGGAAUUUAUGUAAAUUUUAUUAGAGAUUCACAGCGUGAUGAAAAACACCAGUUUUUUUGUUGUUUUUCACCCCGCAUGUAUUUGUAAAUCUUCAUUUUGAACAAAUCUUGGACCACUGCAUAUUUUAUUAUAUUAAAAUUGAAAAUAGGACCACUUUUAAACAUUUUUUAGAAAAGCUAUCUUGGUAUCAGUAGACGCGUGUCUAUAAUAAAUGCAUAAGUAAAAAUAAAUCUAAAAUAACGCAUUUUGUAGGCGGUGUAUAGUGACGUCGUCACAUUUUGGCUUCCAUAGUUUUGAGUAGAAAAGAAAUAAAGUUUUUAACGUGUUAAGACAGACCUUCAGAAUUUUGUACUUGACUUACAUUGUGACGAUUCCGAAAUUUACUCUCUUCAUUAUAAAAUAAUCUCUUGUAUCAGAGCUUUUUUGUGAUAAUGCAUUUAUUGUAUUUUCCUCUUCGCUGAAAACUUUGAAAAGACAGUUUAUGUGCGUAAUUUUAACAUGACCAAAGCAAUAGGUCUUUAUUUAUUUCCAAAGACAGAGAUUAAGUUAACAAUAGAUGACUCAGCAGAUCGAAGCACUUUUUAAAGACAUGGACGCGAUGUUCCCCAAAGGAGGCAAAUAAGAACGUAACAUUUUGACAUCAAAUUGAUAUCUGAAGAAUGUCAUUCCGUACAUGCACCGUAUUUGUGCUGAUGAGACGCACGGGCCGAUGAUAAUAAAAUUGCAUUUAGGUAUAAUGUUGAUAUCAAAAUGAAACUUUUAGUUCGCCUCCACUUAUGUUUACGUUUGUGUGUUUUUAGUUCUAAGUUUUUUUACAGUUUGGUUUCAUUAUUCUUCUUUGGAUUGUUCUAUUUUGUCUCAUGAUUUAUUAUUGUCAUUUAGAAUGGAAAUGACACGAAAGAUUAACGCUGGUUCGUUUACGGUAGAUAUAUUUAUUAUCUUAUCGUAGGUAUUAAAUGUAAAAGACAAUUCUUGUUACUAAUAACGUUUCACGAGCUUUCAUAAAAUUAGUUUGGAAAAAUAUAUAUUUUUCUUACUUGUAGCGUAGCAGUAGUAUGCAGAUAUGUUGUUCCAUGUUAUAUAAUGAUAUAAGGCGAGUAUGGAGUAAGCAGUUAUCGCUAUUAAUGUAAUCAUUUUUUUCAUUGACAUUUAAUUAAUUCAAAAGCGAGGUAAUACUAUAUGCGCUCGCUGAUUUGUGUUAUUUUUGAAUAUGUUUUCUAACGAGCAAAUUUUUUCUAAUUUUAUUUCAUCUUCGUCAUUGUUUCCGUGACUAAUUAUUUACUGACUUAAGGUCAAUCAAUACAGGUAAGUGUGGCUGCGGGGUUAAAAUGCAAGGUAUACAUAUUUUACUUGCGUGUAGUGGCAAAUAUAUGAACUCGCAAUAAUCAUUGAUCAAUAUGUAAACAAACCCCAAUGUGAAUGCCACACUUAACACGCGGCCACAAGUUACCCGUACGGGCCUUCCUUACUUACAUCAAAUGGGCUUGAUAGAAAAUCGAAUCAAAAUUACCGCAAACCGGCCUAUCUCGCUUGAUGUUAACAUUCAUAAAUGAAUGAAUAUCUAUGAUCUAUGUCUUCUUCGAUAUUGAUAUUGACUUGUUUGAUUAGACUGCUUACUUCAAACGAAGCCAAUUCGCGCUGUUGUUGCUAUCGGCUAUACAAUGUACAUAUAAUGCUAAAUGUGAUUGUGCUAUUUCUAUUACUUUCCGCAUUAUCUCUAUCACAUUCUCUAUUAUCUCUAUUGGGAUCAAAGUAAUUUAAAAGUCAGGGAAACACCUGAACAGUCACGUUAUAUUAGAAUUGUAAUCCAUGUUUUAAAAUAAUUUUGUAAAAACGGUAGCAUGUACAGAGUAAGUUAUCAGUGGCAUAUCACCUAGGUACCACAUUGAGAUCAUUCACGGUGUACCGGUUUCUGAAUGGUCUCACCGACGAAUAUUGUUGUAUUUUUAUAGUAUUUAAGACAUGUUUAUACAUUAUGUUAAAUAAUUAAGCAUACUGUUUAGAUAACUGUAAGGCUGGCGGUCUUCUAAUUUUUGGUACAUUGUUACAGAAUGAUAUCCCCCAGUCUUGCUUUAUCAAGUUAUUUUUAAUUUUCCCAGUUUUGCCUCUCGACAUGAAUAUUAAUGUCGCAUUCGGUUUAUCAUUUAUUUGUAAGAAAUUUUCAUGUGCCUUCUCAAAUAAUGAAAGAGUAAAGAUAACUUGUAAUAGUAAUGUUUUUAAAUUACAGUUACAUUGUAAUUGUUACACGUUUUAACGUAAGUAGACACAUUUGGCACUCGCGAGUUUGAAAGGUGUGCUCAGAGAAUAUUUAUCGAAAAUAUUUUUCUCCGUGUUUCUAUUUAAUUUUUAUAACCAUAAUACUUAUGAAGUUAGGUCAAUGUGGCUAAAUCCGUCUAUGAAAAUGUUAUUUUUCUUUUUCAAACAAUAUUACCUACAGCAACAAAGCAGCCAUUCAUUAAUUUCAGCACUCAAAAGUUGGUGUGUUUACGAUUGAAAAAAUAAGAAAAAUACGUUCGUGUACGGAAUUUCCCACAGACGGAUUUGGCCGCAUUGGCCUUACGUUUUCUUAUAACCAAAAAAUUCACACACGGGUAAACCUCUUAAAAAUUUAAAAUAUCCUCUGUCCAUCCUUUCUCUCGAUUUUGGCACAUUUUCGCAGAAAACACUUUAAGUUAGCGAUCAGUUGCUAUAUAGUCGUGCCAUAUAAAUGGCAUGUAUUAAGUUGUUUUGUUUUUUAAUACUAUGACAACAUGAAAGACAUUUGUUUAUUUGAUAAGUAUUAUGUAAUAAGAAUAUAAUAGUGUUUCCUUCUUUAGACUCAUGUUAUAAGCAUUCAUGUUUCCACUUAAAUUUAAUUAGAAUAAAAUCCAUCAUUGGC